GGCCGCGCGCGCCACCGCCCCGCGCGCGCGCCCCGCUUCGCUUAAAUAGCGGCGGGGGAGGCCGCGGUCGGUCUCACUCGCUGCAGCCAGCGUCCGUUUGUAGUUCUCUCGUUGCUCCGCUGUCCGUUUCUCCGCGCCCCGCGACCGCCGCUUCCACCGAUCGCAAUGGAAGAAGAAAUCGCUGCGCUCGUCAUCGACAAUGGCUCUGGCAUGUGCAAAGCUGGCUUUGCUGGCGAUGACGCCCCCCGGGCCGUCUUCCCAUCCAUCGUGGGGCGCCCCCGACAUCAGGGCGUCAUGGUGGGCAUGGGGCAGAAGGAUAGCUACGUGGGCGACGAGGCCCAGAGCAAGCGAGGCAUCCUGACCCUCAAGUACCCCAUCGAACAUGGCAUUGUCACCAACUGGGACGACAUGGAGAAGAUCUGGCACCACACUUUCUACAAUGAGCUGCGUGUGGCCCCAGAGGAGCACCCUGUGCUGCUGACCGAGGCCCCCCUGAACCCUAAGGCCAACCGGGAGAAGAUGACUCAGAUCAUGUUCGAGACCUUCAACACUCCAGCCAUGUACGUGGCCAUCCAGGCUGUGCUGUCCCUGUACGCCUCUGGCCGCACCACUGGUAUUGUUAUGGACUCUGGGGACGGGGUCACCCACACCGUGCCCAUCUACGAGGGGUACGCCCUCCCCCACGCCAUCCUGCGUCUGGACCUGGCUGGCCGGGACCUGACCGACUACCUCAUGAAGAUCCUCACGGAGCGUGGCUACAGCUUCACCACCACAGCUGAGCGGGAAAUCGUGCGUGACAUCAAGGAGAAGCUGUGCUAUGUCGCCCUGGACUUUGAGCAGGAGAUGGCCACCGCUGCGUCGUCGUCCUCCUUGGAGAAGAGCUACGAGCUGCCGGACGGGCAGGUGAUCACCAUUGGCAACGAGCGGUUCCGGUGUCCAGAGGCGCUCUUCCAGCCCUCCUUCCUGGGUAUGGAGUCCUGUGGCAUCCACGAGACCACAUUCAACUCCAUCAUGAAGUGUGAUGUCGACAUCCGAAAGGACCUGUACGCCAACACGGUGCUGUCUGGUGGGACCACCAUGUACCCCGGCAUCGCCGACAGGAUGCAGAAGGAGAUCACGGCCCUGGCCCCCAGCACCAUGAAGAUCAAGAUCAUUGCCCCGCCGGAGCGCAAGUACUCGGUGUGGAUCGGCGGCUCCAUCCUGGCCUCGCUGUCCACGUUCCAGCAGAUGUGGAUCAGCAAGCAGGAGUACGACGAGUCGGGCCCCUCCAUCGUGCACCGCAAGUGCUUCUAGGCGGACUGCGAGCGCAUGCGCAGCGUCUGCUGCAGGAGUUGCCGGAAGUCUGUUUGCCCUGGCAGACGUGCUAGCCUCAUGAAACUGGAAUAAGCCUUCGAAAAGAAAUUGUCCUUGAAGCUUGUAUCUGAUGUCAGCACUGGACUGUAGACCUGGUUGCUGAUUUUGACCUUGUAUUCAAGUUAACUGUUCCCUUGGUACAUGUUUAAUACCCUGUGCAUAUCUUUGAUUUAAACCCCUAGUGCACGCGGCUCGGUCACUUGCUGGCUGAAGCGAGGACAUGUUUAUGCGAGAGAAGCCCAGUGGCUUGGUGAUCUGCGAGACCAUGCGUUUCUGGAUCUGUGCAGGGUAUUAAUGUGCAGAGACGCCUAUUCCAGGAUUUCUCCAGAGGCUGGCAAGAGUCCUGAAGCAGUUGUCAUUUCUGUCCUGCCGGUCUGACGGGGGUUGGGAAGGUCCGAGCAUUAGGACCCCUUUUCUUUUCUUAGCUGAUGUUUUCCUGCCAGAACACGUGGGUUGUUACUUCCCCUGAGUUGGAAAACGGUUUGCAUUUACACCUGUAAAUUUAUUCAUCCUUUUAAUUUAUGUAAGGUUUUUUUUGUACGCAAUUCUCAAUUCUUGAAGAGAUGACAACAAAUUUUGGUUUUCUACUGUCAUGUGAGAAUAUUAGGCCCCAGCAACACGUCAUUGUGAGGAAAAUAAAGUGCUGCAGUAAACUGCC